AGACAGUGACCGCAGCAGAAAAAUACAAAAGCGCGUUCUCUCUCACUCCGAUCAUCUCUUUCUCUUCUUUCUUUCUUUUCAGUUUUUUUCCCUAAACACAUAUUCAGCAUCCAAUUCUAUUGACAUUUACACACAUCGAUAUUGUUGAUUGACACGCACAUCUUUACAUUAAAAUUCAUUUAAUUCGGAAAAUGCACGUUUCAAAUACAUUCACUUUUGGCGCACAAGGCGAUCAAGCUGCCCCUGGUCUCCGUCGCGAAACCACUAUGGAAAUUAGCAAGAUGUACACUACUCUCUAUGAUCAAGAAGAUCCCCAGCUGCAGCAAGAGUUUACGCUUUAUCAACAACAACAGGAUACACAAGUUCUCUAUGAAACUCGCUUGAACCCUUCCAAUCCGAUCUGGACCGAACUUCAACAGCAACAACUUUAUGCUUCACCCGCUUCGCCCGCAUCUUCAUGCUUUUCAGGCCCUUCUUCACAGUCAUCAAGCGAGUCAGCUUAUUCGAGUCCUGCUGCAGUAUCUAUCAGGCUAUUGGACGCGGAUGAGACAGGUGAAUUGGUUGACCAAUUCAAUAUCACUAUUGACGAAUUGUUGUCAGAGAGCGCUCUUCCGUUCGAUUACUCCACCAUUGGCUUGGAUGCCUCUGAUUUCGAUCUCUUUACUCCAUCGCAGCAACAGCAAUCACAAGACUCCGUUCAAUAUUAUCAGCAACUGCGUCAGCACCAAAAGAAUGAACAGGAACAAUACUACAGCCUUCACAGCCAACGCCACCAGAACACUUCACCAUCCCCUCCGAUGUCAACUCAGGGCGGGCCUCAACGAUCGAGAACACUCUCCCCUGAAAUAUGCUGCGACCCAUAUCCUUCGACCUUUUCCUCUUCUUCUGUUUCUUCUCCUUCUUUAAUUUCUUCGUUUUCCUCGUUCAAUUCUCCAGCUGCAACAUUCUCAUCUCGUUAUAGCCACCACCCCGCCUCUCCUCAGUCACCGAAGCACCGCCACAAGGUCGAGAUGCCACGUUCACCAUGCCCAUCAUCGCCUGCGGCAACGACACCAUCGACACCGUACAUGCGACGCGCCUCUCAAGGUAGCUCUGCUUUUGCUGCACCUUCAAGCCAACAUCAACAACAACAACAGGCACCCGUAACAACUACAGCUAUACCAACGGAUUUGCAGCUCCCGAAUACAGAGGGUAUGACCGUGAUUAGAAGCGAGGAUGGAUCUAUAAUGGUUUUCAACCCUGUAAACGAGUCGAUGACAUUCCGUUGUGAGCUGUGCCCUCUGGAGAGUUUUGGACGGAUCCAUGACUUGAAGCGACAUCAAGCUUCGAAGCAUCAAGAGAAAACAUGGCCUUGUGAAUACUGCCCGCGCACUUUUGUGAGACGCGAUGCCCUAUUGAGGCAUUAUACAGUCAAGAGCCACCGAGAGGAUGGUAUUCACCCCGCAAGCCAUGAGACUGAAGAAUUGAUGGCUGCUAGAGCUAGAAGCAAGUUGAUUUAA